AUGCUUUCAUCCUCAGAGCGCAAAAGAAUCCGAGAGGUUCGCCGGUACUACAAAAGGUCUCCUGAUGAUCCGCCUAUCGCUGGUGAGCGUGCGCCAGCCGAGAGUCCCGAGACAGUUCGGUCCGUGGAAAAAGCCAGCAGCCCAAAUAGUACUUUAACAGCCUUAAUGCAACUCAUUACGUGGCGUCUCGGUGCUGGAAGAGCGAUGGUAUCUGUUGUAGAUCACAAUGCACAAUACUUUCUUGCCGAAGCAACAAAGACACUGGAUUUGUCAGACUCUUCAAAACAUGACCCGGGUGAUGAUUUAUGGAUGGGUUGCGGAGGAACUAUUCGCAGCCAAGCCCUCUGUGCAUACACUAUAGAUGUUGUUCCUGAACCAAAUCAUUAUGCCUGUUUUAGUGUUCCGGAUUUAUUGGCUGAUCCCAGGUUCUGUAACUUACCUUAUGUUGCAGGAGGGCCGAAGUUUCGAUAUUAUGCGGGGACGCCUUUGAUCAGUAAUACUGGGAUACCAAUUGGAAGUGUCUUUGUCAUCGAUCCAAGGCCACGCGAGCCAGCAACGAAGGCCGAAAUUGAUUUCCUUGGAUUGAUGGCAAAAAACGUUAUGGAGUACCUUGAAAUGAAACGAGAGAGUGUGCAAUUACGACGCAAUGAUGUCAUGUCUAAAGGGUUAGCUGCUUUAGUUGAGGGUCAAAGUAAGAUUCCGCGGCAACUAGUAACAGACCUCGUCGUCGAGUACGAAGAAGUUAAUGGGACCCGCUCGGAUGAAGACAACUUGAUUAACACCCACUCAACGGGUAGUCUAAUUGUCGUUGACACACCACCUUUGGCUACAGUCACUGAACAUUCGUUAAACAAAAUUGUGGGUCCCCCACAUUCACUACUUGGUGAGAAUGUAUUAUAUGAUAUCUCACCUAAUACUCCCAUGGGGCCAUCGGCAUUGGCCGACGUCCCGGCUACCCAUGAUCGCAUACUAUCACGAGGUGCCAAUUUGCUGAGAGAAUCCCUUGAUGUUGACUAUACGAUUUUCUUUGAUAUGAGUAUUGGCUUUUCACCCAGUGUCGAAAAUGGGCCAAAUGGGGAAGUUAAAUCUCCUGAAGAUUCAAUUCUGGAUCCAUCAGAUGUAAACAAUGACCCGAUCCCAACUUCCGCCCAUCUUGUUCAAGAAAACGAUCUUCAUCUACUGAACACAUCUGCCCGGCGUUGUUCGCUAAACAGGCGGAGUAACGAAGCAGGGUCGGCCAAAGUCAGGAGCUUCUCCACUUCAACAACUUCAUCAUUAGACGGUAAUACAUUAUCUUGUAACAUAUACAGAGCGCCAAAUGAAAAGGAUCUGCAAAGAUUAUCAAAACGAUAUCCUAAGGGUAAAGUAUGGACAUUCAAUGGCUAUGAUUCCGAAUCAUCAGAAGGCGAGGAUUCGCCACCCUCUGAUCAAAUGUUUGCGAUGCAACUUAACCAACAUCAGAGCCGUCGAGUCAGGAAGACUGAUCGUAGCAUUCUGAAGCAGUGCUUUCCCGAUGCGCGAGAGGUGCUUUUUGCUCCUCUUUCAGAAGCAGGAACUGGGUUACCAAUAGCGGCAUGCUUCUCAGUAUCGCUACGAGAUAUCGCGAUCUUCACAUCUGAUACAGAAAAGGCUUUUGUUCGUGGGUUCCUGAACAGUGUAUCUAUUGAGUAUAACCGAAUAUCUAUUGCAGCUGCCGAUCGUCAAAAGGGAGACUUCAUAUCGAGCAUAUCACAUAAGGAAUUGCGAUCACCACUUCAUGGUAUCUUAGGAUCUGCCGAGCUUUUAAGCGAGACGAAUCUUGACAAUGGUCAAUUCGAACUUUGUUCCACAAUCGAAACGUGUGGACGAGUCCUGCAAGAGACUUUAAUGGAUGUUCUUGAAUACUCCAAGCUAAACAACCUAAUGAAGGAUAAAGGAGCUGGUGGAAAGUCUGCAGAUACGAGUGGCGAUACUUCGCAUUCUCAAAAGCUCAACGGCGAGAGCCUGGCUCGCGGGGACAUGCUUUCAGUGCCUCUAGAUCUUGCUAGAAUGUGCGAAGAUUCGGUAGCAAUUGUUGCAGCUGCAUACCUACACCACAGCACAAACUCGGAACAUCUUCCAUGCCGAGUAAUAGCACCUCCAGGAACGACGAAUGGGCAAGAGGAACGGAUGUUAUACAAAUCCAGCUCUGUCGCUGUCUCUGUGCAUAUUGCAUAUGAUGAUUGGCACUACUUCUGCUCUCCAGGAUCCGUACAGCGAAUUAUCAUGAAUCUUGUCGGUAACAGUCUCAAGUAUACAUCGUCAGGCUUCAUACAUACAUCUUUGACAGUGGAGUCUCCGACUAAUGACAAUCUCGAGGUACCAAAUACACCAAGAAUACCCAGCGACAAUGAUUUAGUUGUGCUUUGUGUUAGCGAUAGUGGCAAGGGUAUUUCUAGUGAGUUUCUGAAAAGCAAACUCUUCACGGCCUUUUCUCAGGAGUCAUCUUUAGCACCGGGGACCGGACUUGGACUUCACAUCGUUGACUCUCUCGUGCGCAUGUAUAACGGAACCAUUGAUGUUCAGAGUCAAAUUGGUCAUGGAACUACGGUUACAGUCAAAUUGCCUCUCGUGAAAGCAGGAUCGGAUUUAUCCUCUGGCGUGCCUGCUAAUUUGCGACCUAAGGAUCAAGUUGAGGAAGUCAAAAGGCUGCUUAAGCAAUACAAAUAUUCCACGUUUUCGACACACGGUUUCCAGUUCGGCACUUCUAGUUAUCUGAAGAAGUCCCUGUACACCUAUCUCACCCAAUGGUUUGGCGUGCAUCAUGAUGUCGAUGAUGGUACUGCUGAUAUUGCAUUUGUCACUGAAGAGAGGCUCGAAAUAUUCCUUUCGAACCUAAUCAUACACGGGUCAUUGAAGCCUUCGCUCAUAAUAGUGGUACGAUAUGUCCCGAGCCACGGCUACACAUCACAACAGAGCUCGGCUGUUGGGAUACCCCUUGAAACCCUCACGGUACCUUUUGGUCCCUGGAAAUUGAUGAAAACGUUACUUGCUUGCCUCUCUCCGAAACAAGUCUCGCUACCUCAAACUAGACCCGAACCCCCUAGAUAUAUUUACACAAGUCCUUUGCCUUCUCCAACGCCUGAUAUUCAGAAGGAACUUGCUGGUACCAAUAUCCAACAAACGGUAGAAGAAAUCUUCCCUGACACAUCACUCCCUUCACCUCAAAAUUUAUUAAGACCUCAUCAGCCUAGGAUUUUGUGCGUCGACGACAACCCUAUCAACCUGCGCCUCCUCAGAGCCUACUUUCGCAAACUCCAAUUUGAUAUCACGUGUGCCGAAAAUGGAGCUGUGGCAUUCGAAAAAUAUCGGCUUCAAGCUGACGGAUUUGAUCUUGUCUUCAUGGAUAUUAGCAUGCCCAUCUGUGAUGGCUACCAAUCUACACGAAUGAUCCGAUCUCUUGACAAGCUUCAACAAAGCAUUAGCCCUAUACCAUUACCACCAACCCGUAUCGUAGCAAUUUCGGCAGCAUACUCAGACAAGGAUGUCGAAAAGGCAAAGGCGGUGGGUGUUGAUGACUUUUAUACAAAGCCUCUGAAGGUUAGUAAAUUGGAGACUUUGAUGAGGGGAUGGGGGUAUUUCAAUUUAUGA